AUGGAUAGUUCGAGACUUCGUGUUGUUUUAUCAAGCGUCUUGAUUUUUGCAGCUUCCACUUCUGGUCAAUUAGAAGAACUAUGUGCAAACAACGAUCCCUCCAAAGAGUGUCUCCUCCGGGAAGCUUACUACCCCCAAGGACUCUGGAACCAUUUUGCAGGAUUUUAUUGCUACAACUACACCAAUGAUGCCAGACUGCACUACAAGUAUAAUUAUACUAGCCAACGUGUAAUGUGCAAUAAUAAAGUGGCUGGAGUACCAGCGGCAAUCAUAGACGACACCACAACCGCUGUAUACGACUACAAAAACUUGACUGCAUUGACUUACAUAAUGAGAUCUUUCAAAUCCGAGGCACUGUUCAACAAUUUCCUGACAUGCUGCCGAGAGGCUGAAAAUUGUUGCUCCGAACACAUGGACAAUAUCAACAUCAUGACCAGUGAGUAG